CUUUCCUUUGUUUUUGUUUGCACCCUUAUCCUUUAAAAUUAGGUUCUCAGGUUUUGCCUCAAGGAAGUUAUGUGUGAAAUUAAAACUUCAGUAAUGGAGUUAGCCCACAGUUUAUUGCUGAAUGAAGACGCUUUGGCUCAAAUCACUGAAGCGAAGAGACCAGUUUUUAUCUUUGAAUGGUUGCGAUUUCUUGAUAAAGUCUUGGUUGCUGCCAACAAGACUGAUGUAAAGGAAAAACAGAAAAAACUUGUUGAACAAUUAACUGGAUUAAUAAGUAGUUCACCUGGACCACCUACGCGAAAAUUGUUAGCUAAAAAUCUUGCAGCCCUUUAUAGCAUUGGAGAUACUUUCACUGUUUUUCAAACACUUGAUAAAUGUAAUGACAUUAUCAGAAAUAAAGAUGACACUGCAGCCUACUUACCAACAAAACUGGCUGCAGUGGCUUGUGUUGGAGCAUUUUAUGAAAAAAUGGGGAGAAUGUUAGGCAGUGCAUUUCCAGAAACAGUAAAUAAUCUUUUGAAAUCUCUGAAAAGUGCAGAGUCUCAAGGGCGAAGUGAAAUCUUAAUGAGUCUACAGAAAGUUCUAAAUGGACUGGGUGGUGCAGCAGCUUCCUGUCAUCGUGAUAUUUAUAAGAAUGCCAGGUCUCUCUUAACUGACAGGUCAAUGGCUGUUCGAUGUGCAGUUGCCAAGUGUCUCCUAGAACUACAGAAUGAAGCUGUGUUCAUGUGGACUGCUGAACUGGAAAAUAUAGCCACUCUCUGCUUUAAGGCUUUGGAAAACUCAAACUAUGGGGUACGGGUGGCAGUGUCUAAACUCUUAGGAACAGUCAUGGCUACAGCAUUGAUGCCAAAACAAGCAACAGUAAUGCGCCAGAAUGUGAAGCGAGCAACAUUUGAUGAAGUCUUAGAACUCAUGGCCACAGGAUUUCUACGUGGAGGGUCAGGUUUCUUAAAGAGUGGUGGAGAAAUGUUAAAAGUUGGAGGGUCUGUUAAUCGUGAAGUGAGAGUUGGAGUUACACAGGCAUAUGUUGUUUUUGUAACAACAUUGGGUGGUCAGUGGUUAGAGCGUAGCUUUGCCACAUUCUUGUCUCAUGUACUUGAUCUGGUUUCCCAUCCUCGGGCAACGCAAACACAUGUAGAGGCUGUGUACUCCAGACGGUGCGUCUCCUUUAUCCUGAGAGCUACUGUGGGCAGUUUGCUAGGUGAAAAAGCCCAGAUUGCAGCUGCCAAAGAAAUAUGCCAAGCGAUUGGAAAGCAAAUGAAAGCAGUAGAAGCGGUAGUGAAUGACACUAGUGGUGAAAACAAAUCUGGAGCAGCAGACAUUGCAGCAAGCCAGCAUGUGAUGGUUUGCGCCCUGCAGGAGCUUGGGAGUCUGGUGCAGAGCCUAAAUGCCACCGCAUCCCCUCUUAUUCAGGAAGCAUCUAUAGGCCUUUUGGAGACAGUGACUUCAGUGCUUCUUCACCCAAGCAUGGCAGCUCGACUUGCUGCUGCGUGGUGUCUGCGCUGUGUGGCUGUGGCACUGCCUUUCCAGCUGGCACCAUUUCUAGACAGGUGUGCAGAACGACUCAACAACCUGAAAACUUCACCAGAAGCUGUUAGUGGAUACAGUUUUGCAAUGGCUGCUUUGUUAGGUGGAGUUCAUCAGUGUCCUUUGGGCAUUCCUCAUGCCAAGGGAAAGAUGGUAGUUAGUAUUGCUGAAGAUCUCUUACGAACUGCUGCCCAAAAUAGCAGGCUAUCUUUACAACGCACCCAAGCUGGAUGGCUCUUACUUGGAGCACUUAUGACUUUAGGACCAUCUGUUGUUCGUUACCAUCUGCCCAAGAUGUUGUUAUUGUGGCGAAAUGUUUUCCCUCGUUCACUGAAGGAAUUGGAGGCUGAGAAGGCCCGAGGCGAUUCUUUUACCUGGCAGGUAACAUUGGAAGGUCGUGCUGGAGCUUUAUGUGCAAUGAGGAGUUUUGUUGCACAUUGUCCUGAACUCCUAACUGAAGAUGUGAUUAGAAAAUUGAUGACCCCUAUUGAAUGUGCCAUGACUAUGAUGUCACACAUUCCAUCUGUAAUUAAAGCCCACGGAGCUCAUCUGAAAGCUAGUGCUGCAAUGGUCCGUUUAAGACUUUAUGAUAUCUUGGCGUUGUUACCUCCAAAAACUUAUGAAGGCUCUUUCAAUGCACUUCUUAGAGAACUGGUAGCAGAAUUCACUUUGACUGACAACUCAGCCAACACAACUACUUCCCUCCUCAGAUCCCUCUGCCACUAUGAUGAUAGUGUUCUUCUUGGUUCCUGGCUUCAAGAAACUGAUCAUAAAUCAAUUGAAGACCAGGUACUCCAGCCAAACAGUGCAUCUGGAAGUGGGGCUCUGGAGCAUGAUCCAUCCUCCAUUUAUUUACGAAUACCUGCGGGAGAAGCUGUGCCUGGGCCUCUUCCCCUUGGAGUUUCAGUCAUUGAUGCUUCUGUGGCUCUUUUUGGUGUAGUGUUUCCUCAUGUUUCUUUUAAACACCGAUUACAGAUGUUGGAUCACUUUGCCGAAUGUGUUAAACAAGCCAAAGGUGUUCGCCAGCAGGCUGUGCAGCUUAAUAUUUUUACAGCUGUUCUUAGUGCACUAAAGGGCCUGGCUGAAAACAAAAGUACUUUAGGACCUGAGGAAGUUCGUAAAUCUGCUCUGACACUAGUUAUGGGGGCCCUUGACAACCCAAACCCCAUCUUACGAUGUGCAGCAGGGGAAGCUCUUGGAAGAAUGGCUCAGGUGGUUGGAGAAGCAACUUUCAUUGCUAGAAUGGCCCAAUAUAGCUUUGACAAAUUGAAAUCAGCUCGAGAUGUUGUAUCCAGAACUGGCCAUUCUUUGGCUCUGGGCUGUUUGCAUCGUUAUGUUGGUGGUAUCGGCUCAGGACAACAUCUGAAGACCAGCGUCAGCAUUUUAUUGGCUCUAGCACAGGAUGGGACAUCCUCUGAAGUCCAGACUUGGUCCCUUCAUUCACUUGCUCUGAUAGUGGAUUCCAGUGGCCCAAUGUAUCGUGGAUAUGUGGAGCCAACAUUAUCUCUAGUUCUUACCUUGCUGUUGACAGUUCCACCCUCCCAUACAGAAGUUCAUCAGUGUUUGGGUAGAUGUUUGGGUGCUAUAAUAACUACUGUUGGCCCUGAACUACAAGGGAAUGGAGCAACAAUAUCCACAAUCCGUUCUUCUUGUUUGGUGGGUUGUGCAAUAACCCAGGACCAUUCAGAUUCUCUCGUGCAGGCAGCUGCCAUAUCUUGCCUUCAGCAGCUUCACAUGUUUGCACCACGACAUGUCAAUCUGUCUAGUCUCGUUCCUAGCCUUUGUGUUCACUUAUGUAGUUCCCAUUUGUUACUUCGACGAGCAGCUGUGGCAUGUCUCCGGCAGCUUGCCCAAAGAGAAGCAGCUGAAGUAUGCGAAUAUGCCAUGAGCCUAGCAAAAAAUGCAGGGGACAAAGAGAGCAGUGGUGCUAAUGUCAGUCCUUUUGCAACUGGAGCUAGUUCUCGAAGUGAUGUCCAUUGCCGGCACCAGGGUGUUAAUAUAACAGAAACUGGUCUUGAGGGACUUCUUUUUGGAAUGCUAGACCGGGAGACUGAUAGAAAAUUAUGUUCUGAUAUUCAUGAUACUUUGGGACAUAUGCUGUCAUCACUGGCUGUAGAAAAACUUUCCCAUUGGCUAAUGCUUUGUAAAGAUGUCCUAGCAGCUUCAAGUGAUAUGAGUACUGCAACUCCCUUAAGUAGUGGAAAAGAUGAAGAAUUUGAAAAGAAAGAUGAGAUGGAUGAUGAUACCAUGUUUACCACACUAGGAGAAGAAGAUAAAUCAAAGCCCUUUGUGGCACCUCGCUGGGCCACUCGAGUAUUUGCUGCUGAUUGCCUGUGUCGAAUCAUCAAUUUGUGUGAGAAUGCAGACCAGGCUCACUUUGACCUUGCUAUGGCACGUUCUGCUAAACUGCGAAACCCUACAAAUGAUCUCUUGGUACUUCAUCUCUCUGACCUGAUUCGCAUGGCAUUCAUGGCUGCAACCGAUCAUAGUAACCAGCUGCGGAUGGCUGGGCUCCAAGCACUUGAAGACAUUAUCAAGAAGUUUGCAUCUGUGCCUGAGCCAGAAUUUCCAGGUCAUGUGAUUCUGGAGCAGUAUCAAGCCAAUGUGGGAGCUGCUCUAAGACCAGCCUUUUCACAAGAUACUCCAUCAGACAUAAUAGCAAAAGCUUGCCAGGUAUGUAGUACAUGGAUUGGAAGUGGAGUUGUCAGUGAUCUCAAUGAUCUCCGUCGAGUACACAAUCUGCUUGUUUCUUCACUGGACAAAGUUCAGGCCGGAAAAGGAUCUUCCAGCCAACUCUACCGCGAGAGUGCCACAACCAUGGAAAAACUGGCUGUUCUCAAAGCAUGGGCAGAGGUAUAUGUGGUUGCUAUGAAUAUUAAAAAAGAAGCAGAGUCAAAACCAAAAAGAGCAAUUAAAAAUACUGAUGAUGAUGAUGAUGAUUACAGUACCAUAGAUGAACUACCACCAGACAGUUUAAUAACACUCGUACAACCUGAACUGCCAACACUCAGUCGCCUGUGGUUGGCAGCCUUAAAAGACUAUGCCCUUUUAACUUUACCAGCUGAAUUUGCUAGUCAGCUACCCCCAGAUGGUGGAGCAUUUUAUACUCCUGAGACUAUUGAUACAGCUAGACUUCACUAUCGGAAUUCCUGGGCCCCAAUUCUCCAUGCAGUGGCACUUUGGUUAAAUAGCACAGGAUUUACAUGUUCAGAGUCAGCAGAAGCGGCAGCAAUAGCAGGUUUACAAAAACGUUCUACACCCAUCAAUUUAAACCAAGCAUCAGGAGCAACGCCUAGUGCUAAAUCUUUGCCAGAAAUUAACAAAGACAGAAUGCAUCUGAUUUUAGGCGUGAGUAUACAGUUCCUUUGUUCCCCAAGACCUGAGGAGCCUGUUGAACAUGUUACAGCUUGUCUACAGGCCUUACACACCUUGCUAGAUUCUCCUUAUGCCCGAAUCCAUAUUGCAGAAGAUCAGCUGAUUGGUGUUGAGUUGCUGAGUGUUUUACACCGCCUCCUACUGACCUGGAAUCCACCAUCCGUCCAGCUGCUGGUGACUGGAGUUGUACAACAGAUAGUAAGAGCUGCUCAGGAUUAUUUGCAAGAAAAAAGAAACACACUAAAUGAAGAUGAUAUGGAAAAAGAGUCCUGUCCUGUAUUAGGAGAAGGAGGUGACAGUGGUGGUCUUAUUCCUGGAAAAUCUCUUGUGUUUGCAACUAUGGAGCUGUUGAUGUUCAUUUUAGUGCGGCACAUGCCGCAUCUCAGUACCAAGAUGUCGGACUCUCCAAGUCACGUAGCCACUAAAACUCGACUGUCAGAAGAAAGUGCUCGUUUGGUGGCAGCCACAGUUACCAUACUCUCUGACUUACCGUCCCUUUGUUCACCUGCUGGUUGUAUGACAGUCCUGCCCACGAUUCUGUUUUUAAUUGCAAGAAUAUUGAAAGACACAGCGAUAAAGUCUGCAGAUAACCAGGUUCCUCCACCAGUCAGUGCAGCUCUUCAAGGGAUCAAAAGUAUUGUGACACUUUCAAUGGCCAAAACUGAGGACACUCAGAAACAGUGGACAGCUCUAAUUCGUAGCACUCUGGCAUGCAUCCUAGAAUAUUCUCAACCAGAAGAUUCUAUGCCUAUGCCUGAUGAAGUAAGCAUGCUAACAGCAAUUGCACUCUUCCUGUGGUCUGCUGGCAGUGAAAUAAUAGGAGUCCAGUCACUGCAGAAUGGCUGCAUGAACAGAUUUAAAAACGCGUUAAAUUCAUGUGACCCAUGGGUUCAAGCCAAAUGUUACCAGCUUCUCCUCUCAGUCUUUCAGCAUUCCAAUCGUGCCCUUUCAACCCCCUACAUCCAUUCAUUAGCUCCAAUAGUGGUUGAAAAGCUAAAAGCUGUUGAAAGAAACAGACCAGCCAGUAAUACAGAACUUUUAGCUGUUCAAGAAGGAAUCAAAGUUCUUGAAACAUUGGUUGCUCUUGGGGAAGAACAUAACAGAGUCCAGUUACUUGCUCUUUUAGUUCCCACUUUGAUCUCUUACCUGCUGGAUGAAAAUUCUUUUGCCUCAGCAAGCACAGCUUCCAAAGAUCUUCAUGAGUUUGCACUCCAGAAUUUAAUGCAUAUUGGACCUCUGUAUCCACAUGCUUUCAAGACAGUAAUGGGAGCGGCUCCUGAGCUGAAAGUACGUUUGGAAACUGCUGUUCGAGCAAGCCAAGCCAGCAAAGCUAAAGCAGCCGCCAGGCAGCCGGCCCCAGCCGUGCAUUCUGCACCAACAAUUAAGCUAAAAACAAGUUUCUUUUAAUGUGCUAUUCCACUCGUUUUUGUUUAUUUUGUCAAUUAGCACCUAAUUAUUGAUAGCCACUGUAUCAUUCCAGUCUAUAGGUUCUACUUUAUUUGUAUAUAGGAAUUAUAUGCUUCCAAGUAGGGUAAGUGAAAUAAUGCUCACACUGGUUUCUGAUUUUGAAGGAAUGAUUUUUUUUUUAUUAUGUGGUGAAUGUGCUUUCAUUUUUUUCCUAAUAAUGUUUCUCUUUUAUUAAUUUAUUCUUUAAACACUGAGCCAUAGUCUUUUAAAUUAAAUGCAAAAAAAUUGUAUCAUGUAGUUGAGCAGCCUAUUGAUAUUGUCAGGGGGAAAAAUAGGUCAUAUUCUGCAUCUGUUAUAAAAAAAAUUAAUUGAAAAGCAAGCUGAAUUUAAAUUUUGAAGUAACCAAAAUAAUGUGAAGUGUUGGUUUUGCGUUGUAUCUAUUAAGAAUAAAGUUAACAUUUUCUUAGCAUUUCUCAGAAAGUCCUUACCUUUCAGACAGAUCUUUUUACCUUCAUAUUAGAUUACUAAAUUAUACUUGUGUAUAUUUUAGUUAACUAAAUUAAAACUCAUUUAAACAUUCAUUAAAAUGUUUCAAAUGUGGAAUAA